GGUGGGAGAGAGGCGGGCAGGAGCCGAGGCCAGAGAGGCCAGCUGCUGCUCACCGCGCCGCGCCAGUGCCAGCUGGGACUCACCAGCAGCUCCAUGCUUGUGCCCGGCUCGACUCGUCCAUCCUCGGAGAAGAGGCAGCCCAUGAGGCUCCCAGUCCCCACUGAGUGCUGUCCUGAAGGAUGUCCCAGCUCUCCUCAACCCUGAAGCGCUAUACAGACUCAACCCGCUACACAGAUGCCCCCUACGCCAAAUCAGGCUACGGUACCUACACUCCCUCUUCCUAUGGGGCCAACCUGGCCGCCUCCUUCCUGGAGAAGGAGAAGCUCGGUUUCAAGCCGGCCCCCCCAGCCAGCUUCCUCACCCGUCCCCGCACCUAUGGACCCUCCUCCAUCCUGGACUAUGACCGGGGCCGCCCCCUGCUGAGAACUGACAUCACUGGGGGUGGUAGGCGGGCAGAGAGCCAGACUCGAUGCACAGAGCGGCCUUUGGGCAGCGGACUCAGCGGGGGCAGUGGAUUCCCUUACGGAGUGGCCAGCAGCUCCCCCAGCUACCUGUCCGGGAAUGUCCGUGACCAGGUGGUGAGCCUGACCCAGAAGAAGUCCAGCAGUCAAUCAGACCUGGCCCGGGAUUUCUCCAGCCUCCGGACUUCAGAUUGCUACCGGAUAGACCCUGGGAACCUGGGCCGCAGCCCCAUGCUGGCCCGUACACGCAAGGAGCUGUGUGCCCUGCAGGGCUUCUACCAGGCAGCUGCAGCUAGCCGCUCCGACUACCUGACCGACUACCUGGAGAACUAUGGUCGCAGGGGCAGCACCCCACAGGUGCUCAGCCAGGCCCCUCCCUCACGAGUCCCUGAAGUCCUCAGCCCCACCUACCGACCGAGUGGCCGAUACACUCUGUGGGAUAAAGGCAAGAGUCAGGGCCCCGGGCCCAGCCGUUCGAGCUCCCCAGGGCGAGAUACCAUGGGACCCCACUUCAGGACCUGUGCCCUCGACGUCUGCCCAGCAGUGCUCCCGGAAAUGCCCAGCUAUCCCCUCACACACUACAGUUCUUACCCCCUCCUCUUCCACACACCAUGCCAGUGCUCCCUGCAGGCCCUGCCCCGCCCUGGACUAGCUGCUGAGACCCCCAGACCACCAGUGUUCCCUGUGCCCUCCCCGGCGCAGCAUACCAAGCACCGGCUCCCUCCAACGAAGUAGCCAUUCCGGAGUGAUGCUGGGGCUACAGGCCGGGCAGUGCCCCCUUGGGGAAGGGAGAAGGGGCCCGAGCCUGACAGAUCUUAUGUAACAGGCACCAGCUCCCGUGUUGGCAGUGCGUGCACUGCCCGAUGCCAGGGCCACACCAGGCUCCUUGGCUGCAGCCAGGACUCAUGGCUGACCCUCAUGGCACAGGUGAAGUAAGCAAGGAAGCCCUCGACGGGGGUCUUGAGUGUGAAGACACAAACCCCCAUCAGCCCCUUUCCCCCUAAACCCCCAGGGUCUUGUCCAAAUGAACUCAUGAGCGAGUGCACUCUUCACAAAGGGCUGUCUGUCCUGCCCGGGAAGGUGAAUGUUGGGUGGCUUCGACUGUAGAGGUGGCAUCCACACUUUAGCUCCUUUGCUUGCUGCUAACUCAAGAUUGGGCUUGCUGGUGGCUGAUGUUAAGGAAGUUCUUGGUCCACACUCCCUGCACUUUGCUCCCGAGUUCCAGUACACCAGCUGGACUCAUUUUCUUCUCUUCUGGUGAGAGGCUGGCUGUGCGGGUCUCCCGACUCCCUCCAGUCAAAGCCUCUCCCUGUCUACCUGGAGGUAGGAUUGUUUUCCCCAUAAGAAAGGUCACCCCUGGGACAUUUUGUUCCUCUCUAGAAUGGAAAGUGCUGACUUUCUCCCUGGAGCUCCCGAUUUCCUAUUCAUGGCAGCAGAGUCUCUGCCUGGGCAGAGAACAGCCUUGCUCUCCCCUCCACUGACACCCCCUAAUAGUUACCCAGCAGCCUCAGCACUGAGCAUUUAAAGUUUGGCAAGUGGUUUUGAGCUCAGGAAAUUGUAGACAAGGGAAGGACCCCCCCCCAAAAAAAAAAUCACUAGGGUCCUAGUGAUGCCUUAAAGAAGUUUGCCUCUACCCGAUCCAGCAGACCUUUGGAGAAGUUAAAGCCCCAGGAACAGUGACUAUGGACAUGUGCUUCUUGAGUCAUCACCACCACGGGGAGCUCAGCACCCCCAGCAAGUGGCCAGCAUCUCAGCUGAGGGGCCACUCUAGUGGACAGUGCCAUAUCACCAGUAAAAGCUUUGCUUCUGCAGCCUGUUUAGACUGCACAGUGGGGUAGGAUGUAUAAAGCAGUGCACAAAAUAGGUGUUUGAGUGGAUACAGUGGGCUAGAGG